AUGCUCUCCCGGCGCAUCGCAGCGGCCCGUCCGCUCCCUACCACCGUCCUGCGCUCGACCGCCGUCCCGCACUUGACCCAGCGCCGCACCGCCCUCACCGCACACGAGCGCGCCGAGCUCGCCGACCCCAACCAGAACGGCGGCUACAUCAACCCGCCCCGCGAGAACCGCAACAGCCGCGACCCCUACGCCGGCUGGUGGGACCAGCAGGACCGCCGCAACUACGGCGAGCCCUGCCACGAGGACCACGACAUCCUCGGCGCCCUCUCGCUGCACAACUACGACCACUUCACCCCCGGCUGGGGAGCUGUCCUGCUCGGCACCUUCGUCGCCACCGUCCUGGGCCUGUGUGUCGCCGUGAACCAGAUCUACCCCGACAAGGUCAGCGCCCCCAAGACAUAUCCAGAUGGUCUGGAGGCUGAGCUUGGCGGAAAGGGUGCUGUCCCGGCCAGGAAGCCCGGCGCGGAAUGGUAG